AGCUCUUCCAUUUCCUAAAAGCUAAAACGAUGGCUGCUUCUCCUCCGUCUCCUUCUUACGUCCUCGUCGCCCUCCUCCUCGUCCUGUCCCGCUUCGCCGCCCCGUCGUCGGCCGCCGUCCCGAGGAUGCUGUCCCUCGUCAAGACCAAGCCCCUCGUCCUCACGUACCACAAGGGCCAGCUCCUCAAGGGCAACGUCACCGUCAACCUCCUCUGGUACGGCCGCUUCUCCCGCGCCCAGCUCUCCGUCAUCGCCGACUUCUUCCGCUCCCUCGGCGGCCCCGCCCGGCCUCCCCCCUCCGUCGCCUCCUGGUGGUCCACCACCGCCGCGUACGCCGGCGGCCCGGCCAACGUCGUCUUCGGGAGGCAGCUCGUCGACAGCAAGUACUCCCUCGGCAAAUCGCUGAAGAACCAGGACAUCGUGAACUUGGCCUCCAGGCUCGCUAGGGCCAAGGCUAGUGGCGGUAACUCCAUCAACUUCGUGCUGACCUCGUCGGAUGUUGGCGUCGAGGGGUUCUGCAUGAGCCGCUGCGGGUCCCAUGGGUGGUCGACCACGGCUCCGGGCGGCAAGGGAGCCAAGUUCGCGUACGCGUGGGUCGGCAACCCGGGGAAGCAGUGCCCCGGCCAGUGCGCGUGGCCCUUUUACCAGCCGAUCUACGGGCCUCAGAUACCUCCCCUGGUGGCCCCGAACGGGGACAUCGGGGUCGACGGGAUGGUCAUCAGCUUGGCCACAGUCCUGGCCGGCACCGUCACGAACCCGUUCGACAAGGGAUACUUCCAGGGCCCCGAUGACGCACCCCUCGAGGCCGUGAGCGCGUGCACGGGGAUAUUCGGGAAGGGCGCGUUCCCCGGCUAUCCUGGGGUCGUCCUGGUGGACAAGACGACGGGAGCGAGCUACAACGCGAUCGGCUUGGGCGGACGGAAGUACCUGCUGCCGGCGAUGUGGGACCCCAAGACGUCCACUUGCAAGACGCCCGUCUAGGGCAGCAAGCAAGCAAAACACACACACAUAACAAGGGGACCUCGAUUUCAUACGCGUAUAGCGCACACGUGAUGCUUACAAUUAUACGUCUUGUUUUCUUUUCGGGGGGGCUUUAAAUUUAUGGUGUUGAAUACAAUAUUUUCGGAAUUUGUGGAUUACUUCGAACCUGAAUAAUGUGGUUUCAUUGGAACAAUCGAACGCCGUCAAUGCAUGUCGAACAUCUCUCUCGUUUC